UGGUAGUUGAUGCGUAGAAUCGAAAAGGUCCUAUGUUCGUUUUUUUCCUAAGCCAAAACGGUCGUAAGUUAUAAGAUGAACGUAUUCAACAUCCCAACUGCACUGCGUUCGGUGUCUCUAGGCAAAGCCCCAGUUUCUCACCUUUUCCAGAAAGCUUGCAGAUACAGAGAGAUCAUGUCUGACUCAGUUGGAAACAAUACUGAGAAAAAGCUUAUAAAAAUCGAUAUCAGCUCGGACACUGUGUGCCCAUGGUGCUUCAUGGGCAAAAGAAAUCUUGACAAAGCUAUAGCUGCAUCUAAGGAUCAAUAUGACUUUCAGGUUAGAUGGCAUCCAUUUCAACUUAAUCCUUCUGCCCCUAAAGAAGGCAUCAACAAGAGAGAGUAUUACCGUACAAAGUUUGGAUCUCAAUCUGAGAGUAUGGAAGCUCGGAUGUCAGAGGUUUUUAGGAGCCAUGGACUGGAUUACAACCUGUCGGGACUCACGGGAAAUACUCUAGAAAGCCACAGGCUUAUGUAUUUUGCUGCCCAACAGGGCCUUGAUAAGCAACACAAUCUUAUGGAGGAGCUGUCCUUUGGCUACUUCACUCAGGGGAAAUACAUUGGUGACCGGGAAUUUCUCGUGGAAUCUGCAAAAAAGGUUGGGAUAGAAGGUGCAGCAGAGUUUCUUGAAGACCCUAAUAAUGGGUUAAAAGAGGUUAAUGAGGAGCUCCAGAAGUACUCAGAAAACGUUACAGGAGUCCCAUAUUUUGUGAUUAAUGGAAUCCAGAAGCUGAGUGGUGCCCAACCCCUGAGGUUCUGCUGAGAGCUUUUCAAGUAGCUGCUAACUAAGAGAACCUGAAAUGUUAUAUUUAAAGAUUAUAUAUCGGUUGAUAAAAUAAAGGCCUCAGCAUAUUUGCCUGCCUUAAUAUUAUGGUGUGUAUCUCUCGUUGAUCGACUUAUCGAUCCUCUAUUAUGGCUUAUGUAGCAUUACCAUGACACGUUUGUUUAAAACUGGGGUGAAUGCUUUUUUCUA